CUCUAUAAUUGCUUAUCUUCGCCCUCCCAUGUCUAACAUUAGUCUACUCAACUAAAUGCACACCCACUUAGCUAAGGUCCAAGUUUUAGCUUGUUAAGCUAGUUACUGGUAGCUUGGUCCACAAGCUAGCUCGAAGCAGCAGCGCAGAGCUGCAAUAACGACGCCAGUGAAGGGAGCAGGCCCUCAGACUGACGGACAGCGAUGGGGAAAAAAAGUCGCCUCACAGGAGGAGCGGUCGGUCGGAGAACGAUCCUACAGCUUUCACCCUCCGGGCUCCGCGGUGGGAAUGCCGGAGAGAGGGAAGAAGCACCCUCGGGAUCCGAUGAUGAACAGGAUGGUGAUGGACACAGAUUCACACGCACAAACAUGAAGGCUCCCGCAUUAAAAGCCACAGAGGGUCUGUCCUUGCUUGGAGCCUAUGAGGAUAGUGAUGAUGAGGAUCCUGGAGACUCUCAGGGUUCAACUGCAAAUUCUCAACACAACCAGUCAGCUGACAUCGACAGUACAUUGGCCAAUUUCAUGGCUGAAAUUGAUGCAAUCACCACUCAGCCAAGCUCAGAUGAUGCAGCAUCUCAUUCUUUAGUCCCAACUACUGCCCCUCCCAGACCUGAGGUUAAUACUCAGCAGCCAGCAGCCGGUGAAGAACAGAAUCAACAAAGCACACAGUUUGAGUACAAUACUCAGUACUCACUAGCUGGAGUGGGUGUAGAGAUGGGAGACUGGCAGGAGGUAUGGGAUGACAACUCUGGCUGCUACUACUACUGGAACACUCUGACCAACGAGGUGUCCUGGGAGCUCCCACACUAUCUAGCUGAUCAGGUGCAAAGCCUGGGACGAUAUGCCAACAGCUCUAGUGUCAAUGGCAAUGGCACAGUGCAUGCAGGUUAUCACACCGAGGAAAACGCUGCAUCUGCUGCAGCCCCGACAUCAGUGAAAGAGACCAAAGUAAAGGAGGUAAUAGAGAGUGUUGUAGGCCUCACAAGUGAAGAGGAGGAGCGCCGCGGAGUGGCUGCUUCUCUGCUUGGUCCUCUGAUCCCCUCAGAAGUGAAAGAAGCAGAAGAAAAAUGGAGAAAAAGACUGCUUAAAGGUUUGGAUGAGACUGAAAACAGUUUGGAUUCGGAUGGAGAAGGUGUUCGCCCUGCAGGAUCCCCCUCUACCCCUCUGCGGGACCCUGACUCUGUCCCCACUGUCCAGAAAGAUCUUUGCACCAAGAAGCAGUCGGGAGACACCUCGGAUGCUGAGGAGGAGACAGAGGAGGACACAAUGGAGCUGGAACUGGCUCUGGAGAGGAAGAAGGCUGAGCUCCGGGCGCUGGAGGAGGGUGAUGGGAGCGCAGGGGGAUCCAGUCCUUGUUCUGAGACAAGCCAAGAAGCCUCUGGUUCUCGUGGUCUUCCGGUGAAGAAGAGCCGGUGGAAGACUGCCUUCCCCUGUUCUGCCAGCCCCGAUUCUAACAGCAGAGGCUCAGACCCAGAGGACAACACAGAUACGGCACUUUCUAAAGUCCUAGAGACUGCUGCGGAAGGAGAAGACAAGGAAACAGACGAUUCUGAGGACAAAACGGUUUCAAAACCUCCGGUUAAAGAAGAGGUGGAAGCGCCUGAGCUCAAAGUGGAAACGCCUGAGCUCAAGUUUCAGAUUGGAGAACUGGCUAACACCUUAACCAGCAAGAUGGAGUUCCUGGGGAUAAACAAAAAGGCGAUCUCAAACUUUCAGUUACUUCUGCUACAAACUGAGACUCGGAUUGCUGACUGGAGGGAGGGCGCUCUGAAUGGGGUCUAUCUUCGCCGCAGGCUGCAGGAAGCUGCCGAACACAUAAAAUAUUACGAACUUAACGCCGCCCCUAAAGGCUGGUCCUGCCACUGGGACAGAGAGCACAGGCGGUAUUUCUAUGUGAACGACCGGACCAGUGCCUCCCAGUGGGAUUUCCCAACAGAGGAGGACAAAGAUGAGGACCUGAAGGGCAGCCAAGGUACCCAGGCACAGACUUCUAGCCAAGGGGAUACCAAAACAUCAUUGGCAUCUGCUGGUGGGGUCACAGGAUCUUCUACCUAUACCCCUGUUGCCCCACCAGCACCUCCUCAGCCCAGUGGGUCAUCCUUCUGGUCUCCAUCUCAACCUCCUCUUCCUGACAGCCCACCUCCACCUUCCAACUACCCCCCACCUCCACCUCUCCCCCCAGGCUCACCACCUCCGCCUCCUCCUCCUCCUGACAGUGAUGGAGAGAUCAUGGAGGUGGAGAUGGAGAUGGAUGAUGAUAAUGAUGGGGAGCCUCCAGCCCCUGGAACUGAGGAUGACGGUAGUGGGAGGCCUCCCUUACCUCCAGGCACUGCUAGCAUGAAGAUUGUGGAGUUGUCGGUGCCCUUGGGGAAGGGUCAGAAACGUAAAGCUGGUCAGCUGAAUAAAGCUGUUACUAUUGGCAGCAGCCCCAUUCUCUACACCCAACCUGCUGCUAGUGCAGCUCCUCUGAUGUCAGUAACUGCCUACUGGGGCGUGCCAGCUGUCACUGCCCCUUUGGUCCCCUGUGAACCUCCUCUCCCACCUGUCCCAGCCUUACCUCCUCAACCACCACUGCCACCAUCCCAGCCGCCCUUUGAAUCUCUUGGAGCCAAAGCUGUGCCCACAGACAAGACCAAGAAAGCAAAAAAGGAUAAGUCAAAGAAGAGCAAGAUCAAAAUGCCUUCUCUGGUGAAGAAGUGGCAGAGCAUCCAGAAGGAGCUGGAUGAGGAAGAGAAGAGCAGCUCCAGUGAUGAGGACAGAGAGCAGCUUAACAAGAAGAGCAUCGAGGAGUGGAAGCAACAGCAGUUCAUGACAGGAAAAGCUUCAAAGAAUGCCAACUUUGAAGCACUUCCCGAAGACUGGCGGCAGCGACUGAAGAAACGGAAGGUGACGAAUAACACGUAACAUCCGACCUGGAUCGUACACCGCCCAGUCAAUGUUUUUUGUUUUGUUUUUUUUUUAUUCGCUCCAACCAUAACCAUAAGGUCAUCCUUCCCCAGCUUAGGUUUUGUUUAAUGAUCUAUGGACUUUCUUCACCAUUGUCCGUGUUCAUGAUGGAGACAUUUAGAGGCCCUUACAUGGCAGGCCAUUCACCAGAGGGGUUUGAAUGUCUUUUUCUUGUUUUUAUAGCAACUAUUGUAAAUGUGCCAAAUGACUUGAGUUCAUCAGAAAUACUUAACCACCAUUUUGUAUACUGGUAGACCCCACGUCGAAGACCACCAGAGGGAUUGUCUAUUUUAUUGACCAUUUUUACAACUGUGUAUAUAAAAUGUAUAAUGGGAUAAGCCAUGUUUUUGAAAUGGGAGGGAACGUCACUGAACUUGUACAUUUUGUAAAAAGUUAUUAAACUGUUUUUCCAAAGCCA